ACUGCGAACGUCUCUUUGCGCCAUCGCCUACUUCUCUGAAACUCAGAGAGAAAGAGAUAGAGGAGCCGCAGGGUUCCUGGAAAUCCUUAGCCACCUAGCCUUAAACUAAAUUCUCCAUUGAAAAUCAUACGGUAGCAUCCGUUUUCUUAUUCCCUAUCUGCUUUUUUCCGUCUUUCAUUCUGAAGAGGGAUGUGCGUUUGAGGUUUCCCAUAAAGAGGGCGAGAUGUCUCUCUCCUCUUUGUCCACCGCCUCGCUCGUCACGCCUAUCAGUUCCCACAAGUCCUGCCGGUGGCACGCCCAGGAAUUUGUCCCGGCGCCAGUGGUUCUAGUUCCUUGUUCAUGGAGGAAUGGGGGCUCUCCGCCGUCUCGCAAGAUCCGGGCCGUUGUUGAGACGGACCCCAGGGAGGCGCUGGAGCGGUGCUGGAAGAUACCGAGCGAUGGGUUGGAUGGGGCGGCUUCUUCCUCUUCUUCGGGGAUGGCGGUGCCCGUGAUGAAGCAGCGGGAAUAUGGGGCUUUCGGCACCGUGACACUAGAGAAGGGGAAGCUGGAUUUAGCGCAGAAGACGUCGAAAGUUAGCCCACAGCUAGCAGAUGGAGGUGGUAGUGGCAACAUUGGGAAGCAGAAUAAUCAUGGUGGUGGUGAUGGAGGUGAUGAUGGUGGCGAUGACGAUGACUAUUUUGGUGAUUUUGAAGAUGGUGAUGAAGGAGAUGAAGGAGGAUGGUUUAGGAGACGGCUUGUUCUUCAAGAGCUAUUUGAUCGGAAGUUUGUAGAGGCAGUCCUGCAAGAAUGGUCUAAAACAAUGAUGCAUUUGCCUGCUGGACUUCGUCAAGCUUAUGAAAUGGGUUUGGUCAGCUCUGCUCAGAUGGUGAAGUACCUGUCAAUCACUGCCAGGCCAACCACCGCAAGGUUUAUUUCCCGGUCUCUUCCUCAAGCAGUAUCUAGGGCUUUCAUUGGCAGAAUGCUUGCAGAUCCAUCUUUCUUAUGGAAAAUGGUCUUAGAACAAGUUUCUACAAUUGGUUGUACUGCUUGGUGGGAGAUUCAGAAUCGAAAGGGAAGGCUAAAGAAGGAGUGGGAUCUUGCACUUAUUAAUAUCUUGACAGUUUCAGCCUGCAAUGCACUGGUUGUUUGGUCUCUUGCCCCUUGCCGUUCAUAUGGAAAUACAUUCCAAUUUGAUUUACAGAAUACUUUGCAGAAGCUUCCCAACAAUAUCUUUGAAAAGAGCUAUCCUCUUCGAGAAUUUGAUUUGCAGAAAAGAAUCCAUUCAUUCUUUUACAGAGCUGCACAAUUAUGCACAGUUGGAGUGGUUGGUGGAGCAAUUCAAGGUUGUCUAUCCAAAGCUUGUGCUUCAAAGAAAGAGGAGAGGAUAUCAGUGACAUUGCCUGCCAUCAGUACCAACGCUCUUGGUUAUGGGGCAUUCUUAGGCCUUUAUGCGAAUAUGCGGUAUCAACUUCUAUAUGGUGCAGAAAGAGCAAUGUUGGAUCAUUUUGAUGUUCUUGGAGUAGUGAUGUUCUUCAGCACUGCAUUCAGACUAUUGAAUAUCAAGUUAGGAGAAGUAUCUCGGCUCGCAUGGCUUGGAGUGGAGGUUGAUCCUCUUCUUCAGUCUGACAACCUGCUGAAGGCUUACGAGAGACCUGGUGAUGCCGUUGACAGCAAACCUAAUUCGAAAUGGUUCAUUUCAAAGAGUGCUGUAGUAUCUGGGCUUGGACUCCUUGGCAUCAAGCAGGGCAAUGAGGAACCUGCACAGACAACAUCGGGCAGCAAGACACGCAGGAAGAGAGUAGUCCGCAAGAAGGUAGCAGCGAGUUCAUCAUAGCAUUUCCUCGCAAUUUUGCUUUCACCCUUCAUUUUCAGGUAAGCAAAUGUAAUGCAAAGGGAGUUUUGAAUCAGUAGCGAGUGAUCAACUGAAGUUCUCAUUUAUCAUUUAUGUGGGGAUGGGUGGUGUUCAGUAAUCUCCAGAAUGUGGUAUUGAAAACUGUUGGUAAUAUGAAUGGGUUGUGGGCAAGCGAUGGCUGUACUAUAUUCUGGGUAAGAGAUGUGUGUACUGAAUUCUUUUGAUGUCUUUUUUGCAUUACGUGAGAAGUACUAAUAUCUUCGCUUGUAAUAAAAGGUGAGGGAAGGUAUUUUUGUUUUCCUA